AAACGAGUAACCAUGCUUGACAUCCUAGACAGUCGCAGUCUGUCGGACAGACAAACCCUGCGACAAAGGGCACAGGGAUGUGGGAUGCGACUCCGGAAAAUGAUCAGUAAAUCUGGCGCGGCUGGAGUCACCAUCUUCGAUUGGGAUGACACUCUCUUUCCAACCUUUGAUAUUUGUUCACGACGAGACAUGACUAGGGAAUUCUGGGAUGAACUACAAGAGCUUGCUCUAGUUGUGGAAGGAUUGCUCAAGUGCAGUCUUCGACUGGGCCCUGUCAUCAUCGUAACUAACUCCAAGCAAGGUUGGGUAGAGUAUUCUGCUCAGACCUACUUCCCCUCUCUGUCUAGGGUCCUGCGACACUGUCGCAUUAUAUCUGCUAGAACUACGUAUGAGGAGCAGUAUUCCGAGAAUCAAUAUACGGACACUUCUUCUUUAUGGAAGUUCCUUGCUUUCGCUCAUUUAUCCAGCGAGUUUAAGCCCUCUCAGUUGAUCUCGAUAGGAGAUUCUCUGAAAGAACGGCAAGCGUGCUUAAAAGUGACCGCUGCCUCCACGUACCAUUGCCUCCCAAAAAGCGUCAAGUUGGUCAGUGCUCCAAGUUGUGAAACCCUUAUUCAUGAGCUCACCAUUCUUAGAAGGGCUUUUCAAGAUCUAUUUACAUUCAAUGGAAUGGUGGACAUUUCGUUCAAUGGAGAGAACUACGAAUUGCAGACCGCUGUUGAUCUGUAGAUAUCUCUCUGUUGGUUCACACCCAUUGUCGUUGCCGCUCAUCCAUCAGCAACAGCAAUAGUCUAUACAGAAGUAGUAAUACUUGUAGUUAUCCUCAUCUGUGGUAACAAAAUUCAGAGAAUAAAAUUUCCUGAACUAGGACUCUUGGGCAUCGUCGUCGUGGCCAUGGUCGGUCCGCUACGUCCGUUGUGACGAGCAAGGCGGGCUUCAGUUCCCAUUACGGGUAGACGGGCGGCACUCUGAGCCGUUCAUCCAUUCCGACACUCUCUAGUCAGUCACUUUAGAGUCAUUUUGUACUGCAGACCACUCGAUAACGACGACUGUUAUUGUUGCUGGUAGCGGACAUUCUUUGCGAUUGCGGUUUUCUGCUGGUGUAUUCUCAUUUUAUUCUCUCGCCCUUCGAUGUACAAUUGAUGAAAUAGCUUUCGUACUACGACACUUUGAUCAUCAUAAUGAUUGUAGUGAAAACAUUUCCCAUUAUGGACCGUUCGGUCCGUUGUGGUUCCUCUCGACAGCCAACCGCGAUAGAGAUGAGAAACCACGCUUCUACCGGUGCGACUGUGUAACCAGUGGUACCAUCUUCUUGAGUAUUCGAACUACUCAAAAUACCCCAUAUCGUCUCCGUGCCCAUCCACUUCAACAGCCGUCGUCGUGUCCUACUUUACAUGAAGACAUCCUUGGCAUCCAGCUCAUUGAUACAGCGAGCGGCGCUACGAUUCAUCAUUACUACUAUCAUAUCUCUAUUCACAGCAGCGUUGCCUGCCGUAUCAUUAGUAGCAGUAUCGUACAGCUCAUAGUCAUAGAUGUGGGUGGCCUUGUCUCACCUACAGAGUAGUGAUGCCAGUUUUCUCAU